AUGGAUUUGGGAUUUGCAGCCGUGAACAACCCGGAGGAAUGGGGUGAUGACUCUCCGGCGAAAAAAGUGGUGGAAGAGCGGGUAGUGUUUUCAACGCGAAACAACUGCUUUUAUGAUAGAGACAAACUUUCAUGCUUCAGUGGAGAAAAAAAGAAGCACACGUUUUUAACAGGAGACGGGGAAAAUAAAGAUCACCAGUUAUUACACUUCUUUGAUAAAUCGUACAGAAGUUAUAGACUUAGUGCAAAAUAAUUUCAUACCAAAGAUUAUCGCAGACGCAGUCUGCAUUGUUGCUCCUACUACCUUACGAUCACAACAAAGAUACGAUUUCUCAAGUCGGAUUCGAUUUGCAAUGCUUCACAGGUAGCCACCGACGCGUCCUCCAGUGCGACGGCCGCGGUAGACCACAGUAAGCAAGCCCAAGAUGCGAGCUCGAGCAGUGGAGCAACCAUCCCGGCUGGAUCCGCCGGCAGCACCGCCGCGGGAGGAAGUGCCGGAAACAAUGAGAAGAAACUUCCACCACCCGGAAAGAUGCACGGCGACAACCGAACGCGAUAUUUUAUCAUCAAGUGCAACAACCACAAAAAUCUCGUCAGCUCGAUUCAGAACAAUGUGUGGGCGACCCAGCGACACAACGAAAAAAAACUCAAUGAAGCGUAUUAUCUAUGUUUAAAGCUUUUUCCGUUUUUGAGCAUGAUUUUCUUUCAAGUGAUGUAUGAACAUGCUUCGUCAUGUAGUUCUGAUGUCUUUCAACGACAAUUACAAUUACAAUCGCCAACGACGUUGGCGAUUAUAAUUGUGCGAUCAUGGAGCGAACAUGACUACAACUUUCCAAAAACAGGCUUCGAGUAGCGCCCUUCGUUGUGCUUUUAUUUUCCGUCAACAUGAGCGGCAGCUUCCAAGGAUACGCAAGAAUGGUAGGGAAAUGCGGAGCUUCAAAGUCACACGACCCCUUCAACGGAUUCGGAUCGCUUUUUGACAUCAAGUAUAAUUUUGUACGUUUGCAGUAUUGAAGAUGUGGUUCUUUUUCAUCACCGGGCGGUAUAAUUGACUGAUUUUUGAUCUACAGUAUUCCUCUUCAUGUUCAUGAUGAGUGUGCAUGAUGUCCUUCUUACGCAAUUUUACCUUUCUCACUUCACAGGUGGCUUAAGCUUCACGACUUGGAUUUCAACGACGUUGCGCAUGUGACCAACGAAUGGAAUAACCAGCUGAGCGUAAAGAUCUCCCGCGACGGCCAGGAGCUGCCCUUUUCGGUCGGGAAGCAGAUCUGCGAGUACAUAGACCGGGGCGUGUUCGGCGCGGAUCCGGACAAUUUUGUCGAGGACGAGGAGGAACCAAACCCCGUCCCGAGCGACGCCCCGCCGGUGGGCGAGCCGAUUUUCGGCGGGGACCAGUACGACCGCAGUGGCAAGAACGACCGGAAGGGCAAGGGCAAGUACGGCAAGGACCGGGAUCAUAGCCACAAUCACUACAACAGCCAUAACUCCUCCUACAAUUCCUACGGAAGUGGCUCCUCGUACGGAGCUGCAACUUCGAAUGGCCACCACCACCACCAAAACCGAUCCUACAUACAAGGUCCCUACGGCGGGACCACGAGUUACGUCACGCGUGUGGGCCCCUACGGCACGACCACUACGACCAUAACGGCGCCGGUGCCCGUGGCGCAAAGUACGGGUCCCGCCCCCGGAACGGUCGGUAGCAGUUGGGGUACGCCGGCCGUUGUGAGCAACGCGGUAGUACAACAGCAACAGCCGCAGUACGCGGCUGCGUGGGGCACCAGCGCGACGACGAGCAAGCCCGCGGGAGGUACGACAAUUGUCACGUCGAGCAGUGGUCACGUGCCAGCGACGGUCGUGGUGCCCGCGCAGCAGCCGAAGGUGGUGCAGGUGAUUUCCUCCUCCUCCGCCGUGCCAGCUGGCGCCACGGUAAUCUCCUCGUCAGGGCCUCCACCACCGGCACAAGCAGCGAACGGGGGUGGAGCAGCAGCGCAGGGCGGUGGAGGACCGCCGGUGCCAGGGCAGCCAGAUUUCGUCAACAUGAGCUACGACCAGUACUACAUCAGAGAUGUUUUUCUUUUAUUUCUGCGAUUUUUAUGUCAGCGAUGCAUACUUGUCACAGAUGAUAGGCCGCUCAAAUGAUUUUCAAUGAUAAAGCUGCAGUGGUGCAAGAGCAACUCUACCGUGAUGUGUAGUACUACUGUACUGAGCGGCGGCUGCUGUGCGUUGUAAAAGACAGAACGAGUUGUAACAAGUGUGUCUCAUCAUAUUCCAAUCACUGCCAACAUUCCAACAGGUAUCAAAAAUGGUAUUCCGCGAACGCCGGUAGCGACGACGAAGGCAGUUCCUCUGAAGAGAAGGUAUCCUGAGUGAGAUUUUUUUACAAACAACAUCACGACCGCCCAGACCUCAAUUUGUAACUUGAUAUGCAGGUGUGCUUGCACAGAUGACAGAGGAUGGGUCUACUAGCACCAUUUUUAGCACGUAGGCUCCUUCUUAUUUAUCUUGCGUGGCGUGCCGCAUGAAAAUUGCGAGUUGCUGGGUCUUGUGUAUGGUUGUGAUGGUAAAAAUUUCGCGUGGGAUAGCGGUCGAAGAAGCGGGGCGGGAAAAAGUCGAAGAAAAGCAGUCCGGUGUGGCUACCAACGGACAUGCGAGUAGCCAACCCGCAGGCCUAGAAAGGACCCGCUUCUGGCGACAGGGCAAUUCAUCUUGAGGCGGUGGAUCCGAAAUUGCCAACGACAUCACGACCCGGCGCAGCUCCACGACAGAGAAGCGAAAACGCCCCCCCCCCGCCGUUGCGGCGGCCGCCGGAGGCUUCCGAAACUCCCCUGGCCGCAUGACAACCCAUGUGAGCUGUGACAUGUUGCGACUGCGAGUAUUAGAGGCUUCAAUUCAUUGGAGGCUAG